AUGGUGGGCGGGUGGCUAAGCGUACGCCUCUGCGCAUACGGAGAUACCGCGCGAAUUCUCAUUGUAGUGCCAACUCCAUCUAUCAGCCAUCAGGUGGUGUUCCGCCCAAUAGCACAAGAGUUAGCGAAGCAUCAUCGUGUUGUUAUAUUGACUACUGAUCCAGCAUUCCCGGAUCAGGCACCGCCGAAUCUCACAGAAGUCGAUCUUCAUGACAUAUCCUACGCUCCAUGGAUCGACCGUUUCAUCAAAACUGCUAGCGGGAAGCGAAAUGAUUUAUACACGCAAAUCGAUACAGCGUUUGAUCUUAUAUUGGAAAUAUUCCCGAAGCAAAUUAAAAGUGAGGCUACAAAGAAGGUGUUUGAAAAAGAAAAGUUCGAUUUAGUGAUCGCAGAAGCGUGGCCGAGACCGGUGCUGGCACUGUCUCACGUCUUCAAGGCGCCUAUCAUAUUGAUGAGUUCUCUAGGGGGACUGGAUGAGAAUUACCAGGUGGUGGGUGCUCCUGUCAACCCAAUCCUGUACCCAGAUUUCUUACGAACCCGUAUCUUUAACCUUACUUUAUGGGAGAAGGUUACAGAGUUAUACAACCGCUACUGA